UCCUCUAGUAUUAUUAGUUCAAGAAUUUCCACUUGUAUCCUUCAAAAAGAAAAAAAAAAAAAGAAUUUCCAGUUGUGAAACACUCUGAUUAUUCAGAUUCUUUCCCUGUUAAACUUUCAAUUUUUUAAAGAUUUAUUUAAAUCAUAAGUUAAAGCUUGUUCUGUUUUUCACUUCAGUUCCUGUUCUGUUUUUUCACAAGGAGCAUCAGAAUUUCUGGAUCACAGAAUUUGUUUUUUCAUCCUCUCUCAUACUUGGCUUCUUCUUUAAUCCGAAUUACAUUCUCUGAGGAAUUCUAAAUGAGUAGAUGGAAGAAGAAAAUAAUCAAGUUCUGAUUGAUAUUUACGAGUUAACAAAAAUUGUGAGCAGAGAGUUGGAAACCGUGCAGCCAUUAUCUGACACUUGUUUCAUCUACAGAGCUCCCAAGCGACUGCGAGACUUGAAUGAAAAGGCCUACACACCUCAGUUAGUCUCCAUUGGUCCCUACCAUCACAGCCGAAAAGAGUUAAAACCCAUGGAUGAGCAUAAAAGAAAGUACUUGCAAUAUUUUCCUGAAAGAAGCAAGAUGAACAACGAAGAAGAAGUUGAUGUUGAAGAGUUAGCAAAGUGUGUGAAGAAGGAGCUGGCAAUGCUGCAACCUUUAUCAGACAAGUGUAGUAUCUAAAAAGUUCCAGAAAAAGAAAGAAAAUUGAAU